AUGUCGACGACCCGGUUUGAGGUGCUUCAGGGCAACAAGCCCAUCUCUUUUCGGCGGCUGAUGGCCUUGAAAAGGGUUGACGAUAAUGUUUUCGAAUCGUUGACCCCAGCCUGGCCGCCGGCCCCGUUUCGGAGAGCAUUUGGGGGUCAUGUCUACGCCCAGGCCAUGUAUGCUGCUAGCAAGACCGUCGAGCCGGGGCUGGUGGUUCAUCAAAUGACUGGGUACUUUAUCCUACCCGGCGCCAUUGACAUCCCGUACGUGUACCGCGUGCGUAAGAUCCGAGAUGGCGGCAUGUACUGCUUGCGAGGGGUCGACGUCUAUCAACACUCCGAGGACGCCGGGCAGGGCGCGUCGCCGUGUUUUGUCGCCACCGUCUCGUUCAAGCGAUCGGAAAAGGGCAUCAAAAAGUGGACCGACUUCGAGUACCAGGAGAAGCCCAAGGACCACCUCCAGAGGGAAUACCACAGUGUCCUGGACGGCCUCAAACCGGAAGACCAUCCCCUGGCACCCGGCGCCGACGCUCUCUGGUGGGAACUGGAAGAGAAAGAGUUCUGGAGUAAGAGCGCGGCCGCGUUCCCCGGGGUGGAAACCCGAAGGGUCGACAUGACCAAGUAUAACGACAAGGUGGAACCCGGGGGUAGACCAAACGGAGAGCAAGCGCCGCGCUGGCGCCAGUUGCUCUUCUACCGCCUCUACCAGGAUGACGACCCGGCAGAGGCGAGGGAGAGGGAUGAGGCUGCCAACGACGUGAACCUGCACGCCGCGGCCCACCUGUACGCGUCGGAUCGGAACUCGCUCUUCCUCAUCCAGCGCGCGCUGGGGUACGAGGCCGUCCGCACCACCAUGGCGUCGCUGUCGCACACGGUCAUCUUCCACGGCCUGGCCGACCACCUGCGCAUGGUCGACGACAGCAAGCCCGACAGGCCCUCCAAGUGGUUUGUCCAGGAGUCGUGGACCAGCAACGGCGCCGACAACCGGGGCUGCCACCACAGUCUCCUCUGGGACCCCAACACCGGCAGGGUCAUCGGCACCUCCAUGCAGGACGGCAUGGUGAGGGUUCCAACCGACAUGGUCAACAAGGUCUUUGGGAACGCCAAAAGCUUGUCGGUGCCGGAAGAGGCUCGAACUGACAAGGCUGGUAGUAGCGGCGGUAGUGGUAGCAAGUUAUAA